AUGGAUGCGGCGGACAAGCGAAUGCUGGAGCGCGAAGCGCUCCGCAACAUGAUCCAGCAGUGGAACGCCAAUCGCCUUGAUCUGUUCGCGCUCAGUGAACCCAAUGAGAACUUGGAAUUCCAUGGUGUAAUGAGAUUUUAUUUUCAAGAUUCGGGGCAGAAGAUAGCAACGAAAUGUAUUCGCGUCGCCUCUGAUGCCACUGUGAGCGAUGUCAUAGAGACGUUGAUCGAGAAAUUCCGUCCAGAUAUGCGUAUGUUGUCUCUGGGUUCGUAUUCGUUAUGGGAGACACACGGUCCAGACGACGAACGUCGACUUGAACCUCAUGAGAAACCACUUCUAGUACAGCUCAACUGGCACGCCGACGACAGAGAAGGACGGUUUCUACUAAAGUGCCUUAGCAACAACGAGAUUCCAUUGUCGUCAGUGAACGACAAAGGUGACCAAAACUUUAAAAGAAAAUUAUCAAAACGGGAGAAAAAGGAACUGAAAAAGAAGGAGAAGCUUUCACGACUGAGAUCCGAAACUAACGAUGAAAACAGACCGGUGGCCGAGAAACUAUAUACAGAGCUUCCGGAAACUUCGUUCAUGCGAAGCAUCAGUAACCCCGAGGCGGUGAUGCGUCGCCGCCGACAGCAGAAGCUUGGGCGCAAGCUGCAACAGUUCAAGUCUAAAGACGGCGGUCCUGAUACAGGUGGCACUUUGCGGGUAUACGGAUCGAUUCUUCGUCCAGACGUGUCUUACGUCACUCUGUUACUGUCUAUCAAUGAUAGUGCAGCUACUGUGCUUCGGGAAACCCUCGACAAGUAUGGCAUGUCAUACCAAGAUCCGCAACAAUUCUGUAUAGUACAGGAGGAUAAAUCGGAUAACUCUGAAUACAUUCUGGAAGACGAUGAGUGCCCGCUAGCGCUGAUGAAUAUGACAAGAAGCUCCAUCAUGUUUCACGUGCGGCGGCGGCCAGCGGACGCUCAACAACCUCGCAGGCGCAAGAAGAAGGUGGGCUCGGGCGUUGGCGCCGCUGGCGGUCGACCUGGUAAUGAACCUAUGCUUAUCGAGAUGGCACCCGAUGCCACAGCACUCGAAAAUGGUCGCCGCCUUAGGAUCAAUGAUGUCGUUGAGGUUGGUUCGGGCAACGGAACUACUCUCCAGCUGUACGGGCCGUCGAUUCAGCCACGGCACUGCGUAGUCGCGCCCGCUGAAGGUGGUGGCUACAACGUUACACCGCUACACACAGAUGCGCACGUGUAUGUCAACGGACGUAGAAUUAUGCACACGCAACGCUUACAGCACGGUUGCCUACUCAAAUUCGGCCGAGUUUCUACAUUCCGCUUCGUAGACCCCGCACAAGAGAACUUAAUUAACAGAAACUUAGCUCAAUCACAACGCUUCGGUUCCGGCUCAAUAUACGACAGAUCGCCGACAUCUCCCGGCGAGAAUAGCGGUGCCAUGUCGCCGACUUCGAUGUCUUCUCACCAGCCCGACCCACUCGACUCGAACGCGAACACUACCAACGAUACAGAGUAUCAAAGAACCAUGAGCCCAGUGUCUCAUGAUACAUAUUACAGAGAUGGCAACGACACUAUACCACCGUACAAUAACAACACGUUGAAGCUCGAUAACGAGUCGCUCAUAAUGUCACAGCAUCUAAGUGAUUCGAAAGACGAAUACGCAAAAGACGAUCACUCGAGCUCUGUGUAUAACGACCAAGAUCAGAGCGCCAGUGUAAAUCGCACUGCCAACUCACAGUAUAAAGACAAUUAUGAGACUACAUUCGAUCUGGACGGCAACGUGGAGACAAAGAGUAUCUGCAGUGCCAAGAGCGGGGGUUCUGGGCAUGAAAACAGGAUGAGCAGUGUAGUUGGUGGGGCUCGCCAGUGUCAAGAGGCUAUCCUACCAGCAGUCUUGGAGUUCCCUGAAGCGGGACAAGCACAAUUUCUUGCUGCUGUCAUCACAAGGCUUGACCCUCAUGCACCAGCAUUCAAAUUAGCUCCUGUAUAUACGCUCUACUUAUGCGCUAGGUACCGAGCAUCGACUCAUUACCGGCCUGAACUGACGCCAACUGAGCGUGCGCACAAACUGACCGCCUUUUUACACCACGUCGCAACGCUUAUACACGCUACUGUACAGGAGAGGUGCUCCGACUCAGCAGCACAGGCUUUCUGGAUGACUAAUGCUAGUGAAUUGUUGCAUUUUCUUAAAUACGACAGACAUAUAUCCUCAUUUUCGACACAAGCUCAAGAUCUGCUCUCGAUAACCGUACAAAACGCUUUUAGCAACCUGGUGACGUGCUUCCAAGAAGAACUAUCUCGAGGCCUCGCGACUCUGACGAGCGCCGCAGUGGCGGACGCCACAGAAGCCACCGCGCCGACGCUGCAGGCGCUCGCCGCCGCCAUCGUGCUGCUGCGGAGGUGCCGGGUCAACGCUGCGCUCACCAUACAAUUGUUUUCGCAUCUCUUUCACUAUAUCAACGCAGUUUGCUUCAACAAGCUGGUGACGGAGGCGGGCAUGGUGAGCGCGCGCUGGGGCGGCGCGCUGCUGGCGCGCCUCAAGGUGCUGGCCGCCUGGGCCGAGCGCCAGGGGCUCGAGCUGGCCGCCGAGUGCCACUUCGCCAGGAUGAACCAAGCUGCUCGAUUAAUCCAAGGCGAAUAUCGCACAGAGGAGGACGUGUGCGCAGCACUAAAGGCGUGUUUCAAAUUAAACUCUGUCCAAGCGCGCGCGCUACUGGCGCCGCUCGCGCCGCCCGACGUCGUGGAGGCGGGCGUGGCCUACGUGCGGACUCACACCGAUGAACUGUACCGAGCCGAUGGCCGAGAGAUCCGCCUGGAGGAGAGCUCGUGGCUGGGCGCGGGGCUGCUGAUCCCGAGCGACGGGUUCAGCGCGGAGGUGGUGUGCGGCGUGCCGCCCGGCCUGGCCGAGUUCGUGGCGCCGCUGCAGCGCGGCGGCCUGUGUCGCCUGGCGCACCAGCCGCACGCGCUGGGCGUGUGGACCGUGUACAUGGGCCACGCCGCGCCCGCGCUCAAGCACCCCGCGCGACACCCGCCCGACCCCAAAGUGCACAUCAUCCACCUCCACAAGAACUCCAACGGCAUGGGGCUCAGCAUCGUCGCCGCCAAGGGUGCGGGUCAGACGAAACUAGGAAUUUACAUCAAAUCUGUGGUACCCGGCGGAGCGGCGGCCGCAGAUGGGCGCCUAGCGGCCGGAGAUCAACUGUUAUCCGUUGAUGGACAAUCACUCGUAGGAAUUACUCAAGAGAAGGCUGCAGAAUAUCUAGUUCGUACCGGACCUACGGUGACCCUGGAGGUGGCAAAGCAAGGUGCUUUGCUUCAUGGACUUGCAACUCUCUUACACCAACCUGCAUACAAUCAACGACAAGCAGACGAAGAGGUGCAGUACGAAGACCGCAUGCGGCGCAACUCGGGCACGUUCACGAACAUGCACCCAGCGCUGCUCAAACCGACCUCGCCGCUUACUGAGCUCGCUACUGCAGGCAAUUAUGUCUUGGCAAUUUUACACCUCGGCGAAACAUAUGCCUUUUAUUCCCGACACCCACGCGCCCGUCGUCGGCCGUGUCACGACCGAUGUCAAAUUUUGAGAGAUGAGUCUACAGAAUCUAGCACCGAUGAAAGCGAAGAGUGGGCGCCGUAUUAUCACGGAUCCAUUCCUAGGUUGAUAGUGACAUUAGACAAGGAGAACAACCAGCUGCAAGAAGACUUGUCGCCUGAUACUCCAGGCUGUCCACUAGAACUUAAAUGUCAAGGAGCGCCACCUCGUCCUAUUCCUGUAUUCACGUUCACUUGUGAAGACUUCGACGAACAACAUCCGACUAGUGAAGAUAUGAGUGACCGAACUCAAGGUGAUGAAUCGCCCCACGAGGAGGCUCCACCCGUACCUGAUCCACCAGCAAAUUACGACCUAUCAAGCGAUAACGGAGAGCCAAUUUGUUUACCACCACAAAUGAAACCUAUUGACACUAAACUUACGUUGGACUUGUUCAAGUCGCGGACGCGGGAACACGAGUUUUAUAGAAGGAGGUGUACUGGAGUUGAUGAAUGUGUUAGUGCAUGCGAAUGUUGUCGAACUCCUCAGCCUGAAACACAACAGAUCCCGUUUAUAGAUGAACCCAACUCGGAACCGUUUAUAUUUGAAAAUGAAAUACCAUCUAACAAGGUAGCCACUCCAAAAAUGCGUCGGAUAUUACCUUCUUUAUCCCUGGACCAAUCAGAAUCUGAUCAUAAAACUGAAACCGUCGAUGCAAUGUGUCAGACUUCGUCUUCCCCUAUGUUUAAUGAAUCCAAAGAUUUAACCCCUGCUCCAAAUAAUACAAAGCUUGAGCUCAAUUUACAUAUAAAGAAGGACUAUGAAAAGAUGAGCAAUAUUCAAUGCCGACUUAAAAGAGCAUUGUUUAGUAUGUCCACAUCAUUUUCUGGAAAAUCAGAAGAUACUGAAAUACCGUCCACUUACUCAACGUCUGAUUCAUUUGAUCAAACUACAAAUGAGGUUUUCGAUAUCGAAAAGGUUAAAGCUCAAAGCCCUGCUGAACCAGGUGCCAAACAAAUAUUAGAUUGUGUGAAUCGAAAGUCCUGGAAGUCUCCAGAUGAAUUCAGACCUGCAUUUGGUAAAGUCAAAGAGUUGACUAAACAUUUCAAUGAUAUAAAUUUAAGAUAUUGCGUUAAGAUAUAUAAACGAAAUUGUCAAUCCAGUCCUAAUCUAAGUGUUCGCUGUUGCGAUGAUAAAGCAUCUAAAGUAAGGAACAUUCCACCCAUGAGUACAAGUCUAGCCGACAUACAAUACGAAAUCAAUAAAACGGAUACGAGCGACGCUAAGGAAAGAAAAAUGUCUGAUGAUGAAGUAAAAAGUAUAUUGAUUCAGUUAGAGGACUGGUCUAAAUAUGGAUCUCGAGGAAGUGAGGACACUUUGGCGCAUGGCAAUGAAUUUGAAGUCCCAAACCUUCCUUCUGAGGAGCACACUGAUGAUACACCAAACGGAUAUGUCUUCAACGAAAUAAUCGAUAAAAAACCUAAACGAAUCACACUCGAUAAUAUUAAGUUGAAAUCAAAUCAAUCAAGCAUGAACUCUGAACAGGCAAAAAGCAAAGAAUCACUAGCAAGGAGCGAAAGCUUAGAAAAAGUGCUAACGAAUAGACUACCAAGGGUUGUAGCAAUGAUUCCAUCAACUUCGUCUUUCCUAGACGUGUCAAUGGCUUCUAUCCUCGGGGGUUUUGCGCGCAGUUGCCCAGACAUCAGCGGUGAAGAUGACGCUCAUACAACGUGUAAGGCCCCCACACACGCAUGA